CAGGUACCGCGCACGUGGCGGGGCUGGGCGCCCAGCCACCUGCCGGACCAGAAUGAUGAGUCUGAGCUCGGUGCCCCGCUCCCUGCGGCCCCACCAGGCCUCCCCCUCCGCGGGCCCGCCGGCGGGAUCUCCUGUCGUGGAGCUUAACGUGGGAGGCGAGUUGUACACCACCACCGUGGGCACCCUGAGAAAACUCCCGGGUUCAAAGCUGGCAGAGAUGUUCUCCAGCUCAGCGAAGGCGUGCACGGACGCAGAGGGCCGCUUCUUCAUCGAUCGCCCCGGCACCUAUUUCGGACCCAUCCUGGACUACCUGCGCAGCGAGCGGCUGCCCACGCACCACAUCCCGGAGGUGUACCGCGAGGCGCAGUUUUACGAAAUCAAGCCAUUGGUCAAACUGCUGGAGGACACGCCGCAAAUGUUCGGUGAGCAGGUGGCCCGGAAGCAGUUCUUGCUGCGCGUGCCAGGCUACAGCGAGAACCUGGAGCUCAUGGUGCGCCUGGCGCGCGCCGAGGCCGUGGCGGCGCGCAGCUCGGCAGUGCUGGUGUGCGCGGUGCGCACUGAAGAGGAUGCGGCGCAUUGCGCUGAUGCCCUGCGGGUCCUGGAGGCCGAAAAGAGGUCAGUUGUCAAGUUUGGGCCUUGGAAGGCGGCCCCGCAGGUCAAGGACCUUCUCGACUGCGUGAAGAUGGACAUUACGGCCCAGGGGUACCAGGUGUACUAUGAACAGUACUCCGAGAGGACAUUACGGGCCAAGUAUUUCAGUUACUUUUAUACAUUCGUCUUCAUCUGGUGGUGAACCCCAGGGGGCGGGAACAGUUUGUUUCGGGUUCUGGUGGGACUUAUAAUAUUAAAAGUUGCCUUGAAAAGCCGUCUUCCUUUAAAAAAAAAAUCAACUUCCAAGGUGGUCUAGGAGGCUUGCCCGCCAAUAAUUAUUUCCCGUUGAGGAUUUUCCACUGAUUGCAACUGUCUCCACUGUGCUUGCCUAGUGAGGUGCAGCUGCUUUCUCUUUAAAGCACCCCCUACCUGCCAGAUCCUUCCCUUCAAGUCCAAACAGCAAAGCUGACAUGAGUUGGAAUGUUUCAACAAUACUUUGGCUGAAGAUGGCGGACGAUAACAGGAAGAUAACAGAGUACCAUGAAUCUGGAUAAAAUGGUCUGAAAAGGUAGUCUACCCAGCCUCAGCAUGUGGUCCAAUCCUCUUGCCCAGUUAAACGCCUUCAAGAGGAAGAUGCCAAGUUCAUACAUGUAGUAGAUACCACUCAGAUCUCCUUUUCCAGGUGCUGUGACAUUGACUCUUAAAGCCUCACAGCUGUCUUUUUCUCUAGGGCAGUGAUUCUCAAAGUGUGCUUCCUGGACCAGCAGCAUCGGCAAUACAUGGAAACUUCCUAGAAAUACAAAUUCUCUGGCCCCCCCGCAGACCUACUGAACCAGAAACUCUGAGGGCUGGCCCAACAGUCUGUUUUAAUAAGCUCUCCAGGUGAUUCUGAUUUUAACUUUGAGACCUGCUCUAGAAAAGAAUUGCCAUCUUGCUUGUGUGGAGGUACAGAAGACUGAGCCCUCACCUCAAGGAGGAAUCUGCUCUGGUGCAGUUCCUGUUCUCGUGCUCCUUGUGAGAUCAGGCUGAAGUCAGUCUUCAUCUGACACCACAUUCUUUUU